AACACAUGUCUUUCCCUCCCAACACUCACAGACGUGCAGGCCCCACUCCGGCCACCCAACCCACCUUCUCCGACCGCCCCGUUCCUUCCGGUUCGUUUCGUCGACUAAUCUCCAAACAUUUUUUUCCUCUUCACAACUCGGCAACUGCUGACUGCCCCGCACUCAUUUGCUCUCCACCCCUACCGCCUGCCUCAGAUCUCGAUGCGGCGCAAGCUUCCCGGAGACGCGCCGCUGUCGGCGGCGAGGGCCGGUCAUGCUUCGUCCGCAUCCGCGCCGUCCGAGGCGGACCUGGCUCAGCUCUCCGCGGCCAUCGCAGCCGGGGAGGACCUGGGCCCCUUCGUGCGCCGGGCCUUCGCGUGCGGCCGCCCCGAGCCGCUGCUCGCCUCGCUCCGCGGCGCGGCGCGGGACCGAGAGGCCGAGAUCGAGGAGCUCUGCCGCGCACACUUCCACGAUUUCAUCCGCGCCGUCGACGACCUUCGGUCCCUCCUGGCCGACGCCGAUGCGCUCAAGGGCUCCCUCUCGGCGUCCCACUCCGUGCUUCUCUCCUCGGCGGCCCCGCUGCUCGCCUCGCUUGAGUCCUUCCUCGCUGCGCGCUUGCUCGCGGGGAACCUCUCCUCCGCGCUAGCCUCCUCCCGACGGUGCGUACGGCUGCUCGCGCUCGCGGCGCGGGCGAACGCGCACCUCCAGGCCGGCAACCAUGGGCUCUACCUCGCCCUGCGCGCCGUCGACGCCAUCGACCGUGAUCUCGCCUCGGGAUCCGAGCUGCUGCCGCUACCCGCGCUCCGCCGCAUGCUUCUCAGCGUCGUCCCUGCGGUGCGCGCGCAUGCCGAGCGCGAGAUCUCCAGGGAGUUUUCCGACUGGAUGGUUAGCAUCCGCGCUGCUUCGAGGCACCUCGGUCAGGUGGCCAUCGGCCGCUCGGCUGCCGCCAGGCAGCGCCAGGAGGAGCUCCGCUCCAAGCACCGCCCGCUGGAGGGCUGCAUCACCUUGGAUGACGAUGGAGUUGGUGACCUCGAUGAUUUUGCGGCAGCCGCGGCAACUGCUGACGCGGCAGAUGGUGCUGCUGCAGCCUCUUUUGACCUUACGCCGCUCUAUCGAGCGAUGCAUAUACACCAGACGCUGGCGCUGGGUGAGCGGUUCAAGAAGUACUACCUGGAAAACAGGAAGCUGCAGCUGACAUCGGACUUCGAUGUCAUUGCGGCGACGCCAUUCCUAGAGUCCCACCAGGUGUUUUUCUCGCAGAUUGCUGGGUUUUUUAUUGUUGAGGACCGGGUGUUUAGAACAGGGGGUGGGCUUACAUCUCGGCCAGAUGUAGAUGCACUUUGGGAUGCUGCUGUGGGGAAGAUGGUCUCUGUGAUGGAAGACAACUUCUCCAGGAUGCAGACAGCAAAUCACUUGCUUCUCAUCACUGAUUAUGCUGCUUUGCUUUCGGCCACAAUGCGGCGGUACGGUUAUCCAGUAGGAAUGCUGCUCGAUGUGCUGGCUAAGCACAGAGACAAGUACCAUGAUUUGCUGCUUGCAGAUUGCCGUAGGCAGGUGGCAGAGGCACUGGCUGCAGAUAAGUUUGAUCAGAUGCUCAUGAGAAAGGAGUAUGAAUACUCAAUGAAUGUCCUUGCAUUUGGAAUUCAGAGCUCAGACAUCACCCCAGCUUUCCCAUACGUUGCACCGUUCUCCUGCACUGUCCCAGAUAUUUGCCGUAUUGUUCGCUCAUUCAUUGAAGAUUCUGUGAGCUUCAUGGCACAAGGGGGUGGUGGGGAUACUUAUGCAGCAGUGAAGAAGUACCUUGGCCGUAUCCUUUCUGAGGUGGUGGAUGCUUCCAUUCAAAAACUUGUUGAUUCAGGCAGUGGUCUAAGUGUGUCCCAGGCAAUGCAGGUCGCUGCUAACAUGUCUGUGAUGGAGCGGGCAUGUGAGUUCUUCACACGCCAUGCUGCACAACUGUGUGGUGUGCCACUGCGUGCUGUGGACCGUGGUCGGCGGGACUUCCCACUUCGCAGGUCACGUGAUGCUGCGGAGGCGCUCCUGCUGCGGCUCCUAUGUGCUAAGGUUGAUGAGUUCAUGCGGCAAUCUGAUGGUGUUAACUGGAUGGCUGAUGACGCUCCUCCUGGCGGCAAUGAGUAUGCCAACGAGGUCAUCAUCUACCUUGAGACGCUCACAUCAACUGCACAGCAGAUCCUUCCCCUUCCCGUGCUCCGCCGUGUACUUGUGGCAGUGCUUGCCCACAUCUCUGAAAGGAUCAUUGAGCUCUUCUUGAACGAUUCAGUGAAGCGGUUCAAUGCCAAUGCGGUCACUGGAAUAGAUACUGAUCUCAAAAUGUUUGAGACGUUUGCAGAGGGCAUGUCUAGCCUGUUCGUGGACUCAGGUCAAGAAUCUGCAAAAAAUGAAAUGAAGGCUGCACUUGUGGAAGCAAGGCAGCUAGUGAAUCUUCUUAUGAGCAAUAGUCCAGAGACUUUCCUAAAUCCAGUGAUUCGUGAAAAGAGCUAUAACAAGCUAGAUUAUAGAAAGGUUGCAAUCAUCUCAGAAAAGUUUAGAGAUACCUCAGAGAGUUAUUUCUCAACAUUCGGAACAAGGGGUGCCAGGCAGAACCCAAAGAAGAAAUCUCUGGAUACCCUGAUCAAGAGGCUCAGAGAAGCCAGUUAGAUAUCCUCCCUGCUAAGAUAGGGAUGCUUUUAUUUCCUCCCUCCAGUUCCAUGCACUUGGUGACAAGCGACUUGAUGUUAUAUAUUUGAAAGUUAUAAAGGUAAACUUUGGGGCUUUGGAGUUCAAUUUACCUCGCUGUUUAGGUAUAUUGAAAUUGGAUGAUGACUAACAGGGUAGAUGAUUGUUUGGAGCUGCAGAACCUCAGUCAUUUUUCCUUACCAAUUCAGAAAUAGCGAAUCUUUAAAUCAACAGAGGAUUUUCCUACCAAUAUAGAGAAACCAGAUCCAUAAAGAAUAUGGUAUCCUCUUUUUAUACUUGUUUUGUAUCAUAUUUGUAGUACUUUUUAUAUAACUUUGGCCAAACUUAAAUCGUUUGACUCCUCGAAAAGUGACAAUCGCUCUUUUUUGUGGAUGGAGAGAGUAAUAAUUGAUAACUUGUUGUAUAUAAAUUUUAAAAUUCAAGUUCCAAACUAGGGCAAGUGUAUGGUGAACAUUUUUUUCAUUACUUAUGUUUUAAUAAUUUGUGCAUUUUUUAUCCAUGUAUAGCAGUAAAAGUUAUGUUGCCAUUGCCAAGCUUGAGGCAUUUAAUUUACCUUCUGUUUCUGCCCUAUGGGCUUAUGACUUUCCACAAUACUGCCACACAUAGUCUUUUAUACUGUCUUGCACUGUCUUUUUCUGCACCACUAAAAUAGUUCCACCAGCCAUGUGAAGCCUUAGAAGGCUAAUCCAGACAGUUAGUCAUAGGUUUUUGCAAAUUUGUUUGGGGGAAACAGACAACCAUAUCUCUAUACUGCAAGCUUUGCUAAUUUAGACAGCUUUGAUCCAUUUCUUUACUAUAUGUGUAUGGCUACUUUGUGUAGCUUACUGGUUAGUGUUACUGUCUGUGUGUGGCUACUUUGUACAGCUUACUGGCCAGUGUCCUAUGGUCUAUUAGAGCUGAAAUAACUUCUUGCAAUCACUGGUUGAAUCUUGGUUGUUACGGUAGUAACUAAGGCCACUUUGGAUGAGUCAUUUACCUGAACCCUUUAUGUGUAACUAAUUUAAGUCAUCCGAAUAUGUCAAUUGGCCUAUAACAGUGAAAUAUGUUAUAAGUUGUUCUUUAGAAUUACUCCCAUUACUGUUUUGUGGUUUCCCUUCAACUCAACUCAUUUUGCAAUUAUUGUACAAUGCUAUCAAUUCAUCUGCAGCUUUUGCAUAAGCAUACCUCCAUAAGCUUUGUGAGCUGUGUUCAUGUCCAAAAGGACUCGCAAAGAGAACAGGGACUACAAGUUGGUAUUGUCAUUCGGUGAAAAUAUGGUCAUUGCACAAAAGCGUCCCAUCUGCGCACAUAAUUUUCAACUGUGAUCAUGGCACAAAAAGAAAAUGUUCAAGCCUGUGCACAUUUAUUCAUGUUGGAAGUGUGAUGAUCAGCUCAUUUGUUACAAAUAAGAUGAAGUUUAACCAUUUAGUUCUGCAAUUCAUCGCCUUUGUAGUGGCAAGAAUUGUUGAUUUAUCUUUAAAUCAGGAUUGUUGAUUUUCA